CUCUGCAGAAAGACUACAUUUUUCCAUUUCCUCUUACUUUUCCUUUUUAUUGCAUCUGAUCUGCAAAUCACAAUAAAAAGGAAAUGGAGUUUUCUUUUCUGCAGGUCUCUAUUGCCAUAAUUGCCUUAGCCGCCAUUGCCCAGCCAUCUUUUGGACAGGCCGCCUGUGAUUCUGAUUGCAUUAAAGGGUUUAUUGUUGCACAUAACGCGGCCCGAGAAACGGUCGGCGCUCCACCGGUUAAGUGGAACACCACCUUAGCAGACUUCGCUGAAUCGUAUGCCACCAAGAGGUCUGCUGACUGUGCGGCGCAGCACUCACAAGGGCCAUAUGGAGAAAACAUCGCAAUGGCUUCUGCCGAAUUGUCUCCAGCGGAUUCCGUGAAAUUGUGGAUGGAUGAGAAGAAAUACUAUGACCAGGCGUCGAAUUCUUGCACCGGCGGAGAGUGCCACCAUUAUACGCAGGUGGUUUGGCGUGACACCACGAGUAUUGGCUGUGCUAGGGCUACAUGCAAAACUGGUUGGAUGUUUGUCACCUGCAACUAUUACCCUCCAGGCAACUAUGUGGGCGAACGUCCAUAUUAAAAACAAUUUUUUUUCUUGUUGAUUAGUAUGAUCUUGUGAAAUGCAGACAAUGCAUUAUACAAAAAAAAAAUAUAAAUAUUUAAAAACUAAAAUAUUAGCACUAAUGUACUAUCAUGAAACAUCUACUGUUUCAUGCAUGGAUGUUGAUUGAAUUCAAUUUUGAACUUUUUCUUUUA